AUGCCCGGUGGCUUGGCCGGCGGCGCCCUCGGCUUCCUCUGCUUCGGCUGGGCGACGGAGGCGGUCGCGGUUGCCGCGGCGUGGUGGACGACGUACUUCUUCGGUGGCAUGGCGGCCGUUUUGUCAGAGUUAUGUUUUGGUUGGCUGAUAGCUUGGAAGAUCUUCAUCUUCUACUAUUUGCUUCUUUUGGUUUGUGUAGUCCACAUAGAAGGCCAUCAUCCAGAAAGGUACCUUGCAGAGUUUAAGAUUGGUGUGGAGAGGAAAGAAGCUGCUGAGAGCACCAUGAACGCAUACAAAGCUGAUGCUCUGGUUACUGGCAAGGACAUCAACCCUUGCAGAUUUGGCUCUGACUCAUCCCAUCAGGAUUGGGUUGCACUCAACUUUUCUGGGUUCUACUAUGAGACCUCGAACUCCCCUGACCAAGCCUGCAACCUUGCAAAACAGAUAGAGGAGGAUAAAGAAAUGGAUCUAGGAUUGUGUAGAAUGUAG